GUUUACAGUGAAAAGUGAGGUUAAUCACACUUAGUUGAUGGAGUUUUUCGUCUAGUUGUGAUUUUUCAUUUUCCAGCCAAAAAUGAACGACCCUAGACCGACUGUCCCAAUGGGGAUCCAAAGUACAGCUGGGGCUGUACCCAUCAGAAAUGAGAAAGGUGAGCUGGCAAUGCAGAAGGUGAAAGUUCACCGGUAUGUUGCGGGGAAACGACCAGACUAUGCUCCGCAGUCUAGCAGUGAGGAAGAAUCUGAUGAUGAUGAUUUUAUUGAGGCACGGCGUCAACAACUCCUUCAAGAGCAGUAUGAAAAUGCAGAGAAUGAGUCGGAACAACCUGAAGUGGUUGUUGCUGAGGACCCUCGAUUGCGUCGGUUGCAAAAAGUUCACAAUAUUGACGAGGAAAGCUUGGAAGAGGAACGAAGAGCCCGUCACAGACAUAUCCACGAACCAGAAGUUAUUGAAGAUGAUUCAGAGGAAGAAGUGGAAAGGAGACGUCGAGAUGACUCUAGUGAAGAUGACGAGGAAGAAGAUGAACUGAGUGACGAGGAAAUAGAGAGGAGAAGAAAGUUGCUUCACCAGCGCGUACUAAACAGGAAAGAAGAACAGGAAAUGGAAGUAGAGGAAGAGAAAGCACCAUCUUCCGAAGAAAGUGGAGAGGAAUCCUCCGAGUAUGAAGAAUAUUCAGAUUCGGAGGAGGAAACUGGUCCAAGACUGAAACCUGUAUUUGUACGAAAAAAGGAUCGUUUAACUGUGAUUGAGAAAGAAAAGGAAGCGCAAAAGAAGAAACAAGCAGAACACGAAGCCAAGAAAGCAGCGGAAGAAAGGCGCCGACAGACGUUGAGAAUGGUAGAAGAUGAAAUCCGGAAAGAACAGGAACAAAAGAAGACAAAUGAUGAACCAGCCUUAAACGAUGUCAAUACAGAUGAUGAGAACGAUGAAAUGGAGUAUGAACAAUGGAAAUUAAGAGAACUAAAACGUAUCAAGAGAGAUAGGGAAGAGCGCGAAGCAAUGGAAAGAGAACGCCAAGAGAUUGAAAGGUUAAGAAACAUGACUGAAGAAGAAAGGAGACAAGAGUUCCGUAACAAUCCCAAAUUCAUCGCUAACAAAGCCGCCAAAGGAAAAUAUAAGUUCAUGCAGAAAUACUAUCACAGAGGAGCCUUCUUCAUGGAUCAAGAUGAUGAGUUAUUCAAAAGAGACUUCUCCGCAGCAACUUUGGAAGAUCACUUUGAUAAAACUAUUCUCCCCAAAGUCAUGCAGGUCAAGAACUUUGGCCGAAGUGGGCGAACGAAGUACACUCAUCUUGUUGAUCAAGAUACCACAUCAUUUGAGUCUCCGUGGAUGGCAGACACGACUCAAAAUGUCAAAUUCCUCAACAACCAAGCUGCAGGAAUGAAACAAGUCUUCGAGAAGCCUAGUCUGAAAAAGAGGAAAAUGCCGAGCAAUUAGUGUUUUCAACUAUUAAGUCUUGUACAAAA